AUGGCGCGGUCGAGCGUAGCUGCGCGUCAUCUGUCAUUGACGGAGGAGCUGGAGAAGCUUGAGCAAUCCAUCACUCUUACUCUGCAAGAAAUCGACCACAACUUCAGCAAAGCCCACCGAAUCGUCACGACGAGCAUAAUACCAGCAGUCGAGCGGUACGGCGAACACUCGCGCGCCGUAUGGGAAGCAUCCAAGUUUUGGAAGCAGUUCUUCGAAGCGUCCGCCAAUGUCUCGCUUUCCGGCUACGAGGAGCUCGCCAACGACGACGAAUCGACAGUCGUGGAAGAGAGCACCGCGAUGAGGGACGCGGCGUCGUCGCCCGACUGCACACAAACGCAGGACGAGGGCGUGACGGCGACACACGGGGACGACGAGUCGCUGCUGGACGACGCCGAACUCUCUGGCAGCACCCCGCGUCCACCGGCGACCGGGAUGACGAAGGCGGAGAGGUUUUCGGGCCACUCUUCGCCGUUUGAGAGGCUGAGGCGGGAAAUGCAGGGCGACAAGGACGGCGCCACGGCGCUGCAGGACGAGCAGGACGAGCAGGACGAGCAGGACGAGCAGGACGAGCAGGACGAGCAGGACUCGACGGUGCUCUUCGCCCAGCGGACGGCUCGACUUCCGGACAUGUCGAUGACGCCGGGCGGUCCGCGCGGGGACGUCGCGGCUGGACAGCAGACGUCGUUGGCGAGGCAGACCAAGGAUCCGCUGCUACACCGCGUGUCGGACAAGAAUUACAGAGUGCAGGCGACACCGCACCGGCCGGGGCCGGGCAUCAGGUUAUCCCCCCUGAGGAGGGACUCGGCGAAGAAGAAGGGAAAGGAAAGGGCGGCCUGGCAGCACGAGUCGUCGGCCAUGUCGUCGCCCGAGAUUGCGGCGCCAACGCUGCGCAGCGAGGUCUUCAUGUCGCCACGCAAGCUGAUGGCACGGCAACGGGCGGCAGCUCAAGCCCCGAGGACACCGGGCGUCAGUGUCCAGACGCCAGCGGCGGCAAACAAGGCCCACGGCAAGUUCGCCUCGGGGCAGGGCGAGAAAUGGGCCGGUGCUGCGGCAGGCGAGCCGAGGCACGGCAGCAAACGGUAUGAAAUUGACUGGAACAGCGACGAGGAGGACGAUGACGACCUGUACGCGGGCAUGAGCCCACCCAAGACGGUUCAGUUUGCGCUGCCGCCAUCCAAAUUGCUACAGACGCCUGCUCGCGAGGCAAGUCGGAGAAUCGUGGGCGAUAUAUUGAUGGAUGCCGGUGCGGAUAUGGAGUCGUCAGAGUACAGUCCGACAAUGGUGAAGAUGAAUGAGGACAUAUUAAACGACAGCUUCUAG